GGAGGCCCCGCGCCGCCCCCGCCGCCGCCUUUGUCUGCGCGGGGCCGGGCGGACGCGGCGGGGCCGUGAGAAUGGAACUGACUGAAGGCCCUAUGAGAAAAAGGGAAAGCUAAGGAUGCUGGAGCAGAACAAUGGAUUUCUCUUUCUCUUUCAUGCAAGGGAUCAUGGGAAACACAAUUCAGCAACCACCUCAACUCAUUGACUCCGCCAACAUCCGCCAAGAGGAGGCCUUUGAUGGCAGCAGUGACACUGCUGAGGAUGGGGGCCGGACACCGUACGAGGCUGCGCUGCAGCAAGGCUUCCAGUACCCCACGCCCACGGCAGAGGAGCUGCCCCCGCUCACCAACGGCUACCCCCCAGCCAUCAGCAUGUACGAGCCCCAAGCCAAAUACCAGACGUACACUCAGUAUCCCAAUGGAUCGGCCAAUGGCUUUGGGACAGUCAGGAACUUCAGUCCCCCAGAGUAUUACCCCAUGGAGAACUCCAAUGCGAGGCCGCAUGACGUUCUGGAAAAACCUUCCCCUCCCCAGCUGCCACCUCCGCCACCACCUUCAGCUCCACAAGUGGGGAUUCCAAAGAAGACUGGCUCACCAGAGAUCAAACUCAAAAUAACCAAAACUAUCCAGAAUGGCAGGGAAUUGUUUGAGUCCUCCCUGUGUGGGGACCUGUUGAAUGAAGUCCAAGCGAGGGAGUAUGCUAAGGCAAAACAUGAAGGGAGGAAAGAGAAAAGGAAAAAAAGUAGCAAGCAUGACUCUUCCCGAUCGGAAGAGCGCAAGUCACACAAAAUUCCAAAAUUAGAACCAGAGGAGCAAAAUAGACCAAACGAGAGGCUUAGCACACUCUCUGAGAAACCAAGGGAAGAUGCAGUGUUGGAAGAAGCCCCGGUGCAGCAGCUCGUGCCGUCCCUUCCAGUGCAGGUCACCCACGACGUCAAGUUCCAGGUUGGGGAUCUGGUUUGGUCCAAGGUGGGGACGUACCCGUGGUGGCCUUGCAUGGUGUCGUGUGAUCCGCAGCUUGACGUGCAUACCAAAAUUAAUACAAGAGGUGCCCGGGAAUACCACGUGCAGUUCUUCAGCAACCAGCCAGAGCGGGCCUGGGUGCACGAGAAGCGCGUCCGGGAGUACCAAGGGCACAAACAGUACGAGCAGUUACUGGCUGAGGCAGCCAAGCAAGCCAGCAACCACUCUGAGAAACAGAAGAUUCGCAAGCCCCGGCCGCAGAGGGAGCGAGCGCAGUGGGACAUUGGCAUUGCCCACGCCGAGAAGGCGCUGAAAAUGACCCGGGAAGAGAGGAUAGAACAGUACACCUUCAUUUACGUAGACCAAGAGCCAGAGGAGGCUUUGGCCAAGGCCAAAAAGACUGCUGCUUCCAAAUCAGAGGCCAGGAAGAACCGGCGGCCGAGGCCAGCGCCGAGCACGCAGCCGGAGCACGCCGGCGGCGCGGCAGGGUCAUCGCCCUCGCACGUCGAGGCGCGCAGGCUGGGCCAGCGCCGGCAGCCCAGCCUGGAGGAGGAGGAGGCACCACCUGUGAAAAUCGCCUGGAAAACAGCUGCAGCUAGGAAGUCCCUACCAGCUUCCAUAACCAUGCACAACCUGGAUCUGCAAAAGUGUAACAUGUCUCCAGUUGUUAAAAUUGAACAGGUUUUUGCCCUUCAGAAUGCUGCUGGGGAUGGAAAACUCAUCGACCAAUUUGUUUAUUCCACCAAGGGAGUUGGUAACAAAACAGAAAUAAGCGUCAAAGGACAAGAGAAACUUAAUUCUUCAUCAGCUCAGAGAAGUGAAAAAGCAGUGGUGCAAAACACAUCCUCUCCUGAGACGACUUCUGGGGCAGCAGGUUCUGUAGAAAAGAAGCAACAGAGAAGAUCGAUUCGAACCCGCUCUGAGUCUGAGAAAUCUGCCGAAGUUGUGCCAAAGAAGAAGAUCAAAAAGGAGCAGGUUGAAACUGUCCCACUGGCAGCAGUGAAGACGGGGUUGCAGAAAGGUGCCAGUGAGAUUUCAGACUCCUGUAAACCCUUAAAGAAGAGAAGUCGUGCCUCCACAGACAUGGAACUGACCAGCUCAGCCUACAGGGACACGUCUGACUCUGAUUCCAGAGGACUCAAUGAUUUACAGGGCAGUUUUGGGAAGCGUUCAGACAGUCCCUCGGCCACUGCUGAUGCCGAUGCCUCAGAUGUGCAGUCAGUGGACUCCAGCUUAUCCAGGAGAGGAACUGGAGCAAGUAAAAAAGACACUGUUUGUCAGAUCUGCGAGAGCUCCGGCGAGUCGCUGCUGGCCUGCGAGGGGGAGUGCUGCAGCAUGUUCCACCUGGAGUGUCUCGGCCUGAAGGCCACGCCCGAGGAAAAGUUCAUCUGCACCGAGUGUAAGAAUGGAGAGCACACGUGCUUUUCCUGCAAGCUCCCUGGCAAGGACGUGAAGCGCUGCUCUGUCAGCACCUGCGGGAAGUUCUACCACGAGGCCUGCGUGCGCAAGUUUGCCACGGCCCUGUUCGAGUCCCGGGGCUUCCGCUGCCCGCAGCACUGCUGCACUGCCUGCUCCAUGGACAAGGACAUGCACAAAGCCAGCAAAGGUCGCAUGGCGAGAUGUCUGCGUUGCCCCGUUGCCUAUCACUCAGGAGACGGCUGCAUCGCUGCAGGAAGCUUGUUUGUGUCAUCCCAUAUCCUCAUCUGUAGUAACCAUUCCAAAAGGACUCACUCCUCAUCAGCUGUAAAUGUAGGCUUUUGUUUCGUUUGUGCAAGAGGGCUGGUAGUGCAGGACCAUUCAGACCCCCUGUUCAGUUCCUAUGCCUAUAAGUCCCACUAUCUACUGAAUGAGUCAAAUCGUGCUGAGUUGAUGAAAUUACCUAUGAUUCCUCCUCCUUCGUCAGCUUCCAAAAAGAAAUGUGAGAAAGGUGGCAAACUGUUGUGCUGUGAGUCCUGCCCAGCUUCCUUCCACCCCGAGUGUCUCAGCAUAGAAAUGCCUGAGGGAUGCUGGAAUUGCAAUGACUGUAAAGCUGGCAAGAAGCUGCGGUACAAGCAGAUCGUUUGGGUCAAGCUUGGGAAUUACAGGUGGUGGCCAGCAGAGAUCUGCAAUCCCAGGUCUGUGCCUCUCAACAUACAGGGCCUCAAACAUGAUAUCGGGGACUUCCCAGUAUUUUUCUUUGGUUCACAUGACUACUAUUGGGUACACCAGGGCAGAGUUUUCCCUUAUGUUGAAGGAGAUAAAAGCUUUGCUGAGGGGCAAACUAGUAUUAACAAGACCUUCAAGAAAGCACUUGAAGAAGCAGCAAAGCGUUUCCAGGAACUGAAAGCACAAAGAGAAAGCAAAGAGGCAUUGGAAAUUGAAAGGAAUUCAAGGAAACCUCCACCCUAUAAACACAUUAAAUCCAACAAGGUGAUUGGGAAGGUUCAGAUCCAGGUGGCCGACCUGUCGGAGAUUCCACGCUGUAACUGCAAGCCGUCGGACGAGAACCCGUGCGGGCUGGAGUCGGAGUGCCUCAACAGGAUGCUGCAGUACGAGUGCCACCCGCAGGUGUGCCCGGCUGGGGAGCGCUGCCAGAACCAGUGCUUCACCAAGAGGCUCUACCCCGACGCCGAGAUCAUCAAAACCGAGCGCCGCGGCUGGGGCCUCCGCACCAAAAGGAGCAUUAAAAAGGGUGAAUUUGUGAAUGAAUAUGUUGGGGAGCUGAUUGAUGAGGAGGAGUGCCGGCUGCGGAUCAAACGUGCUCACGAGAACAGUGUCACCAAUUUUUAUAUGCUAACUGUAACCAAGGACCGAAUAAUAGAUGCUGGCCCAAAGGGGAACUACUCUCGUUUUAUGAACCACAGUUGUAACCCAAACUGUGAAACACAGAAGUGGACAGUGAAUGGUGACAUUAGAGUUGGACUGUUUGCUCUUUGUGACAUUCCUGCAGGAAUGGAGUUAACAUUCAAUUACAACCUGGAUUGCCUGGGCAAUGGCAGGACCGAGUGUCACUGCGGAGCAGAAAACUGCAGCGGCUUCCUGGGAGUGCGUCCCAAGACAGCAUUUGCAACGGCAAAUGAAGAAAAGGUGAAAAAUGCAAAAUUAAAGCAAAAGAAACGGAAAAUAAAAACAGAACAGAAGCAGAUGCAUGAAGAUAACUGUUUCCAGUGUGGAGAUGGGGGAGAACUGGUCAUGUGUGAUAAGAAGGACUGUCCCAAAGCAUACCACCUCCUAUGCCUUAACCUGACUCAACCACCUUUUGGAAAGUGGGAAUGUCCGUGGCACCAGUGUGACAUCUGUAGCAAUCCUGCCGUGUCCUUCUGUGAGUUCUGCCCCCAUUCCUUCUGUAAGGAUCACGAGAAGGGAGCGCUGGUGCCGUCGGCGCUGGACGGCCGCCUCUGCUGUUCCGCACACGACCCCAAAUCUCCUGUGGCCCCCGAGUACUGGAGCAAGAUCAAGUGCAAAUUGGAAGCACAGAAUGCUGUGGAAGAGGCAAAGGAGUGAAUUUGGUUAAAAACAAACACGGGAAGAGAGAAGAGGGGCAACAGGCGAUGAACUCAGAUUGCAAUGCCACACUUGUCCUUGGAGCCAGCACGUGUGAGCUGGAACGGGACCAUUGACCUGAGCGAGAAGGACCAGGCAGUAGUGUUUGGUUUUUG